GGUUAUUUUGCCGACAAUGAGAACCAAAGAAUUGAUUAUUUGCGAGAAUUUGAUAAAAUUAUGAAUAUUUAUAGUUUAGAAGAAUUGCAAACAUUUAGACAACAGUUUGAAGGACUCGACAGCGAAGACUUGAAACGAGACUUUUUCCUUAAGAAAAUGGCAGAAAUGAACACUAAGUUAGAGUCCGAACGCAUCGCUCUCUUGACGACCAAUAACUCAAUGAACGGUCAGACGAAUAACGUGUCGUCGAAGAAGCACUGGAGUUACGAUGACAUCCAACUACUCAUUAAAGCCAUUAAACUAUUCCCUGCGGGCACUCAAGACCGGUGGGCAGUGAUUGCUAAAUGGGUCAACGAUAAGAGCACAUCCGGUGUGACCAGAAAUCAUAGGGACGUUAUCGGCAAAGCGAAGGAUUUACAAAAUUCUGAUCAAUCGCAAACCCUUAGAGAAGAGGCGAAUAAGAAUGCGUUCAAAACAUUGGAAAAAAACCAACCAAAAGGCACACAACCGAGCGAUGAAUCGGAUCCGAGUCAACGAUUUGACGCGCCGCGUACUUUCGUUGACCUGAACGCCAAUCCAUGGAAUAAUGAAGAACAACAACUGCUGGAACAGGCGAUGAAGACUUACCCGUCCUCUCUGGGCACUGAGCGAUGGGAUCUGAUCUCAAAGUGUAUACCAAACCGUUCGCGAACUGAUUGUAUUGAAAGAUAUAAAUAUUUAGUAAAAUUAGUGAAAUCCAAGAACGAGGCGAAGACUGUUGUCCACAAAAACAAGAAAUAAUUUUAAUUGUAAUUUAAAUUAAUUAACAAAUUUUUAAAUAAUUUAAAUAAUAAAUUGUAUUAUUUUAUAAAACA